CGGCAGUCCGUGCAGUCUCCUGGCCGCCGCUGUGCAGGGAGGAUGGGGGUCUCUGGAGGCGGCUGCUGGGUCCUAAGUCUGCUCCUCGUCACCUCGGUGUGUGCUGCUGCCGCCUGUCCCUGCUCAGAGCCCGCUCUCUGUCAGCCCAUCACACACACCCGGGACCCCGAGGUCUACGUGUUUCAUGUCCGAGAGAAAAACUGGAUCCACUAUGACUGGUCCGUGGUCACCACCGUUGCGCUGUUUGCCCCGUAUGACCCGGAGCUCAUGUGCUACGCACACGCCAAAGGCGCAAGAGUAGUCCUGACGGGAGACGUCCAGCUGUCGGAUAUCGUGGAUGCGCGGAACAGGUCUGCCUGGGUCACUCAGCAGGUGAACUUGGCAAAGAGUCAGUACCUGGACGGGAUUAACCUGGACAUAGAGCAGGCCGUGCCUCUAUAUAGCCAGGAGUAUUACGCUCUGACGGCUUUGGUGCAGGAGACUACUGAAGCUUUCCACAGGGAAAUCCCCGGAUCUCAGGUCAGCUUUGAUGUCGCAUGGUCUCCCAACUGCAUCGCCCUCCGCUGCUAUAACUACACCGGUAUAGCGGACCUGUGCGACUUCCUGUUUGUGAUGUCAUAUGACGACCAAUCCCUGGUCUGGACAGAAUCUAUUGCUGGAGCCAAUGCACCCUUCAAUGACAUCAUAACUGGUUAUGUGCAGUUUAUUAAUGCAGGCGUCAGUCCUAAGAAGCUUGUAAUGGGUGUUCCCUGGUACGGCUACGACUACACCUGUCUCCAGCUAACGGAGACUAACCAGUGCAAGGUGCAGAGGCCGGCACUCCGGAGGCCGGGGUACAGGGAGGCUGUAGGCGACCAGGUGGGAUACGGCUCAAUCAUGAGGCAGCUGAACAGCUCCUUGUCUGGGAGACUAUGGGACGAUGAGCAGAAGGCGGCUUUUUAUAAUUACAAGGGCUCACAGGGCAAAAUCCACCAGGUCUGGUACGACGACCCGCAGAGCAUUUCCCUGAAGGCGGCUUAUAUCCGGAAACUUGGACUCCGGGGGAUUGGUAUGUGGCAUGGAGACACCCUGGAUUACUCCAGUGACCCUGUAGCCCAGCAGCAAACCAAAGACAUGUGGGAGGCAUUGUUACCGUGACUGCUGUCCAGGUGGCGUCUGCGCUGCUGUGAUGGCGAGACGCCAGCCUUGGUGAGCACGCGGGUAGUGUGAGGAUCUCCUGAGCUGGAAUUUGUGCCCGGGAGUCUUCCUCCAGUCUUGGCGCUGAUUGGUCUGUGCUGUGCAGCCUGGAAACUGAUUUAACAUGCACAAAAUUAUCUAAAACAAAUUUUCAGAUGGAUUAAUGGUUUAUUAGGUGCAAUAUUCUGGUGACGUGUUAUGUUUUGCACACAAAUAAUGCGCACUAGUGCUCUGUAGUGCCCUGCUGUAAUCGGGUGAUCACUUCUAAAGCAGCUUCAGAUUGAACACAAUGCUCCAUUAGUCUCCGACCUUUGUGGGAUGGUGCCACGCCCGAUAUGAAGUACCCGCUGCGGCUAGUGCAGGAAUAGCGCUAAAGCCUGAAAUCGCGUAUGACGUCUGACAGUGUCUCAUUCCAAGCAGUGAUAACGAACGUGCAUUAAGGUUCUUGUAUAUCACCGAGGGCAGCUUUCCUGAAUUACGUCUUUGUGGCGCAGAUUAAAUGAUGUUCGUGUCCUUUGUAUAUAAUAAAAGUAAUUUUUAUCUUUUGUAA